CUCCGGGCCAAGAAAGUCGAAACUCCCAAGCAUCUAUCCAACCUCUCCCAGCCCUCCAAGAAUGGCGUCCUCACCAGUUCCAGGCAACCUCGCCCGAAGCACGCUGCGGAGCUGACGGACUUCGAGUACGUGGAGCUCAUGGCUCAUGAAGGCGACGAAGCCUCCAUGAAGGUGGUGGGUCUCAACUGAGAUGACGACGAGAGAGCGCUGUCUAUCCCCUGGGCAACGUUUUGCCGCCGAGUCGUGCCAGCUCAAGAACGGGGACUUGUGGCCAGGCUCGUUUCUCGCCCACCCCGUUGCCUUCGUCAUGACCUCUGAGGACGGAGUCGACGAGUGGGCGUACGGCAUAGUGUCCGUCUACACAGCGUCGACGGAGACAACGCUGCAUCUCGUCCGCCAGCACGGAUCUACGCGGCUGCCACUUCUUUCUACGACUGCGGUCAUCAAGGCAGAUGUGCUAAACUACGUCCUCCAGACUGGUGGUGGUGUUAACGCCGCCGGUUUGAGCCCGAAGAGCUACUCGAGCAGCAAAACGAAGUCAUCACUGCAUGCCAACGCAGACGCUCAGGUUUGCCGAAGUCCGUUACGAAAAACCUGAGUGCACCAUACAAUCCAGCUGAAGUG